UAGGUGCACGCUUUCAAAGUUUCACUGGGGGAAUAGACAGCAGCGGCGCAUCGCCCUGUGGAAAGCGCACAACAUCCGAGGAAGGUUGGAGGGAAGGAAGGGGGGAGUGUCCGAUUGGAACAAAGAGAGUGAGAAAAAAAAAGAUGACAGAGCGGGUCCUGGGUUUCCAGACUGGGAUUACCGGGAGGAUGUAACACGGAGUGGAAGGAAGAAAAAGGAGGAAGAGUGACUCCCUCCCGGGCCGGUGGAUGCAGCCAUGCCGCUAGAAUUCCGCUCUCUGUUGUUCGGCUUCCUAACGCUGCUGGUUGUGCUCUUGAUAAUUGGGGAUAUUGCUGAAGUGGAAAAAGAAAGCACAAAUAUUGGCCUCUCAAAGAAGACCAGCGCACACCAGCUCCUCCCCCCUCACAGAAAGGCUUCAGCAGACACCAACCCGACUGCUUCAACAAGACUUGCCAAAAAUGUAGACCCCCAUCCUCCAAGCUGCAACAUAACUGCUGCCAAACACCCAUCAAGCAGCUGGACUUUCAACAAGACCCUCUCCAACCUCAUCAGGAAAAACAUUCUGAGAUUCCUUGACCCGGAGAGAGACAUCUCAAUUCUAAAGGGCACAUUGAAACCGGGAGACAUCAUCCACUAUGUGUUUGAUCGCCAAAGCACCACAAACAUCUCAGAGAAUCUUUAUCGUCUUUUGCCAACUGCAUCGCCACUAAAAAACCAGUAUCAUAAGCGCUGUGCCAUCGUGGGGAACUCUGGGAUCCUGCUUAACAGCAGCUGCGGACCAGAAAUUGACUCACAUGACUUUGUAAUCAGGUGUAACCUGGCCCCAGUGGAGGAGUAUUCUCAGGACGUGGGCCUUCGGACUAAUCUGGUGACCAUGAACCCCUCUGUGGUGCAGCGGGCCUUCCAGGACCUGAUCAGCGAAGAAUGGAAGGAUCGCUUCCUGCAACGUCUUCGUGACCUCAGCGGCAGUGUGCUGUGGAUCCCAGCCUUCAUGGCCAAGGGUGGGGAGGAGCGCGUGGAGUGGGCCCUCCGACUGAUCCUGGUGCACACUGUUGACGUGCGCACAGCCUUCCCAUCGCUGCGCCUUCUCCAUGCCGUCAGAGGGUACUGGCUCACUAACAACGUCCACAUCAAGCGUCCCACCACUGGACUACUCAUGUAUACGAUGGCUACUCGCUUCUGUGAGGAGAUCCACCUCUACGGCUUCUGGCCAUUCCCCCUGGACCCACAAGGCAGGCCAGUAAAAUACCACUACUACGACACUCUGAAGUACGAAUACACGUCCAGCUCGAGUCCUCACACCAUGCCACUGGAGUUCAGGACCUUGAGCACUUUGCACAGGCAGGGGGCGCUCCGGCUCCACACUGGAAGCUGCGAACUGGACCGAGAAACACAGAAAGAUCUCGGCUGAAACUAUGGUCCUCUCUGUUGGUACAAAAUGUUAAUCUUGUAACUGCUUUAUCUGAUAAAGCUUGAAGGAGGAAUUGAAUGGAAACACUGUCAAUUACAGCCUUUUAUAUUGUCUCAUUACAUGUGUUUUUACCUUUGAUGAGAUUUCUAUGGCAACCGAUAGCUCUGAAGGGUUCAUUUGUGAGCUUCCGUAAAGAGAGCAGAUGGUGUGUGUUUUAUACCUGAGGCUACAGGUUGGGAGAAGAACUGAGCAUGAAUGUAAUCCGGCUGUUUCAAAGAAAAGAUCACUUUAAUGCCAAUAUAAAGUCAAUUGUUUUUAUUAUAGCACAGCAGGAACUUGUGCAUAGAGGAAAAAUCUAUCACCUCUACCCUGCGGUGCUGAAUUUAUUCAGUGCUAUUUGUAAAGUAAGCAAUUUAGAGAGAAGGUUAAAUGAGAACAAGAGACAUAAUAGAAUGAUUAGAGACCAAUAAGCAGUUUAGGAUCUGCUGGGGCUCAAUUCUAAUCCCAAUGCUGGCCUUUCUGCUCCUGUUAUUCCUCAGCAGGCCACAGGGUGGAAGCACUGAUCAACCAGGUAGAAUAAUGUAUUAAUGUUCUGUGUUUUAUUCUGAAAGAGAUCAAAUGAUCUUAUCCUUCUUCUCUUUGAAAAAAAAAAGUUUCUUGUCUUUUCCUAACUUUAUAUAAAGCACCUUAAAAUUCUAGUCAUGCAUUUGAUAGGUUUCUCCUGACAACCAAGCCACUGAAUUGCAGCUUGCUAUGUUAUUUGCAUCUCCGGUGGGUAUAAAGGAACAGUGCGCCAGCUGUUCACAUAUAAAAGUUUGCUCAGUCAACAAUAAAUGUUUCACUCUGAAAAUGUGAGUAAUGGGAGGUCAAAAAAUUGUUUCUUGUUAGGAAGGAGAUUUUAGCAUUUUUAAACUGAAUGUAUCAUCGACUUUACUACAGUAAAAGAGUCGCCAGAAUGUACUUUAAAUUCCUUUUAGCUGAAAAAGUUUUAGUUCAAAAACCUUUAAAGAUGGUAAAACUUUUUGAUCUUUGGGAAAUGCUUUUCUAGGUGUGAUUUUUUUUUUCCUUCUCUAGGGAUUUGUAAUGAAUAACAAGCCAGUAUUUAUAGAGGUUGAUAGUGGUAUUAAUAUAUUUAAUUGUAGCUAACACUUUUUGGUGCCUAUGAUCAAAAAAGCCAAUGUUUUACAAGGACCACGUACAGUUUUGUAAAUAUAAAGUUUCAGGACCAAAAAAAAGGUCUUACAUUUUGCUCAAAAGGUGACAGAGACUUGCCAUUGUUGUGAAUGUCAGAUUGUUAUAGAUUUUGGGUUAUUUUUAUAGUUUAUUUGAAAAGCUCUUUUUUAGGGAGUGAUUAUCAUCAUGCAACCGUGAUGAUUACAAAAAUACAACAAUUUUUAUAAUAGCCCAUGUGGGGAAUGACCAAUCAAGAAGCUCCUGUUGGACCUUUUUAAGAAUAUUUAUGUUUUUUUUUAUUUGAAUUUGCAAGUGUUACCACUGCCAUGCUUGGAAGAUGUUUUUUUGAUGACUGUUCUUUGGAAGAAAGUUUUAAAUCUGAGCUGAAGGACGUCCAUGUUGCCCCAUUAGGCUAUGAUGAAGUAAAACUUGCUGUGGAAAGAGGCUUUUUCCUUUGUGGGUCUCAGGUUGUUCUUAUCAAUGUUUUUUUUUUUUAUCUAAGGGUGAGAGUUUGGAAUUAAUGACUAAAAAAAUUGGACAACUUCUGGCUGUUUUAACAACGCAAUGAUCCAAAACACACAUCAAAAUAGAUUUUUGCAUGUCCCCAUUUGUCCCUCAUUGAAAAAUACUUAAACUAUAGCCUUAAAACAUCAUUACCAACCAUAUUAAUGAGAACUAACCCUGCAAAGAACGCGUUGAAAAAUCAGCCAGAAGCUUUAUGGUGCAACUUAACUAGGGACAUUUAUUUCAAAUAUAUUUGAACCAGAAUGAAAAUUGUUCACUCAGACAACAGCAAAUACUUGUUUAAAUGUCCUUUUUUUUAUUAAAGGGAAUCCAACAGAACUUGAUUAUAUUAUGUUGAAUAAAAUGGUUUAACCCACAAAAAGAGCUUUUCAAAUAAAUGAUUCAAAGUCCAGGAUUAAUACCGUUAAAAGGAAAAACAGCAUGUUGAUGCAUAUGUCCUCAUAUUUCUAAAUACCGGUAGUAGUAAAUAAACCAUGUUCACAUUAAAGUGCUAAAAAGAUGUGCAAAAAUGUUCAACUCUAGGGCUGACAUGUUUUAAGUCAUUAAGUAUUGACUUGAAGGCCAAAACACUUUGUGGCUUAAAAUGUUUAUACUUUCUUGAAGUUUUGCUGGAGUUAAAGGUUUUUAGCAGCUGUUUUUGUAUUCUAGAUAUGCAUCUUUUUUUUUUAUUUCGCUGUAAUUGAAAAUGCUCCUGUUAACAAGAAUAAGCAGAAAAAUCUGAAGUAUUCCAAGACCUUCUCUGCUGCACAACAAGAUAAGUCUCAUGCGCUCGCAGCCAUGUGAUUUUCCUCCGUAAAAAUGCUGUUUUCUGGGAGUUUUUGAAAAGAUGUGACUUCUGGUUUGCAUGUUGGCCUUUAUUACCCCGCCCAAUUAAGUUAAGAAUAGACAUGAAAGUUGCAGCAGAGACGUCAGCAAACCAGAGCAAUGAAAGGCUUAUUUGUGAGAUGCUGUCUGAGAUGUGUAAAUAUAGAAACAUUCGGUGGCCAAUGAUGUUAGGGUUAAUUAACCCAGAAUCUGGAAUUUGCAGCAGUUUGGAACGCUUUCUAACAUGUCGCUCCCUCUCAGACAGGGAUAAGGGGAUUCUGUUCUGAUGUUUUUUUGUUUUUUUCCAUCAUGUACAGAAUCUGUCAUUUUUUUACUGUUGUCUUAACCUGUGUAGCAUUUGUAACCUGUGUGGUAUGGCUAAUGGAUGCUUGAACAGCUCGGUUGUGACGGUGUGAAUGUAACACAGAAGACCAAGACCGGGAAAUAUUCCAGGCUUUUCCCUUUAAAGAUUCCACGCUUUAAAAAGAUGCGGUUUUCCAGUAGUGUUGUAAAGACAUGGAAACUGAAGAAAAGACCGCUUUACACGACACAUCUGGGUCGAACUUGUUUUCCAGAAACACUUAAAACUGUUUUAACUGCUUUAUUUAAAUGUCUUCACAGCCACAACUGAUUUGUUUAAACAAGAGCAACUCUGUGUAGCAGAUGACUCAAACCAAUAAAAGUCUAUUAUAAGCAUCUCUA